AUGGUGUGUGCGAGAAGACCCACUGGAGCAUCUUUACUUGUGCUGCUGAUGCUUAUUUACUUCACAGAUUCUUAUUUCAACAGUGAGAUGACGCAAGGGGUCUGUGAUGAAUGCAAGCUAAAAGAGAACAAGUACUUCUCAAAGCCCGGUGCCCCCAUCUUUCAGUGUGUGGGGUGCUGUUUCUCCAGGGCUUACCCAACGCCCCUGCGGUCCAAGAAGACCAUGCUGGUGCCCAAGAACAUCACGUCCGAGGCCACGUGCUGUGUGGCCAAAGAGGUCAAAAGGCUCAUCAUGAUAGACAACAUGAAACUGGAGAACCACACCGACUGCCACUGCAGCACCUGCUACUACCACAAAUCCUAA